AUGGAGGACGCGGCGGAGCAGCGGACGGAGCAGCAAGCGGGGGCGGCGGCGGUCACGCCGCAGCAGAUGAUGAUCCGGCGGCGGCGUGCGCGGGCGUCGAGCGAGUACCUCGGCGUGCGGCGGCGGCCGUGGGGGCGGUACGCCGCGGAGAUCCGGAACCCCUACACCAAGGAGCGCCACUGGCUCGGCACCUUCGACACCGCCGAGGAGGCCGCCGUCGCCUACGACCUCUCCGCCAUCUCCAUCUCCGGCGCCGCCAGGGCACGCACCAACUUCGUCUACCCCGACAUGCACCUUCAUCACCCUCCGCCGCCGCAGCUGUCUCCGGCGGUUCCGCCGCCGCCGCCACCUCCGCCGCCGCCGCCGUCGCCGCUGGACGUCGAUGACGACGACUACCCGGCGGCGGCGGCGGAGGAGGUGGAGGCCGGCGGCGACGACGAGUCGCUGACGAUCGCGACCAUCCUGCAGAGCUUCCAGUAUCAGCAGAGCGUCCCGUCGGCAUCAUAUGGUUCCCUGUUUUACUAG